ACACACACACACAAUCACAAUCUCAGCAUCUCUUCACUGAUGACAAAGGGUCCUCCAGGGAGACGCGCCGCGCGUGACCGCGUCCUCUGCUCUCGUGCUGCUGCAGACAGAAACACAGACAGACGGACAGGAGGACAGACAGCCGGUGUUUGUCGGUGAGGAUGCGCGCGGAGAGCAGCAGCAGCAGCAGCUUGCGGUGAUCAUAGGAUCGGUACCGAGAGGCGGAGCAGCCGCAGCUGAGCGCGAGGAGCAGACCGGACACCAUGAGCUGCAAUUGGGGCACCGAGCUGUGGGAUCAAUUCGAUAACUUGGAGAAACACACCAGUUGGGGAAUUGACUUCUUGGAGAGAUACAGCAAGUUUGUUAAAGAGAGGGCCGACAUCGAGCUGAGCUACGCCAAACAGAUCAGGAGUCUGUCUAAGAAGUACCACCCUAAGAGGAGCAGAGAGGACGAGAGCAGGUACACCUGGUGUUUGGCGUUCGCAGCGACGCUCCGUCAGCUGAACGAACUUGCUGUUCAGAGAGAAGAACUCGCUGAAAACCUGAACACACAGAUCGUCUGUGAGCUGACACGCUACACACAGGAAGUGAAGACCGAGAGGAAGACUCAUUUCCAAGAUGGCCGCCGCGCCCAGCAGCACAUCGAAAGCUCCUGGAAACAGCUGGAGUCUAGUAAACGUCGGUUUGAGCGUGACUGUAAGGAGGCGGAGCGAGCUCAACAGAUCUCUGACAGAAUUGACCUGGACAACAAGACUGACGGAGAGAAGCGCUGCUCACUGAAGGCUCGUCAGACGGCUCAGCAAAAAAAACAAGCUGCUGAAGAGUCCAGGAAAGAAUAUGUGACCAGUUUAAACCAGUUUAACCAGGACCAGCAUCAGCACUACCACACUCUGGUACCAGUUAUAUACCAGCGUAUCCAGGACAUGGAGGAGCGGCGGAUUGAGAGGAUCUGUGAAGCGAUGCGUUCGUCAGCGGAGGCUGAGAGGAAAGUUCUUCCUGUUGUGAGUCGCUGUCUGGACGUCAUGAUGGACGCUGCUGAGAGCAUCCAGCCCAGGAUGGACACCCAGCAGGUAGUGGAGGUGUACAAAUCAGGCUUCGACCCUCCAGGUGACGUUGAGUUUGAGGACUACAGCGCCACCAUGAGGCGAAGCAUCUCUGAAUCCAGUUACCUCGACAAUCGAACUGAGGGGCGGAGACACAGCAGGAAGCUAUGGCCCUUCAUCCGAAAAAACAAGCUGCUGACCCUCCUGUCCUCACCUCGCCAGCCUCCCCCUCCACCCCCAACUUCACCUUCACCUGGAGGCAUGGCCAACAGUCCCCAGUCCCCGCCCCCUGCCUCAAGAGAACCAAUCACACAGCGACUGAAUGACCUCAUGACCUCCGGCUCCAGAACCAGAAAGCAGUGUCUGCGCAGCCUGAAAAGAGGGCUGUCACUCAAACUGGGCUCCAGUCCUGCAGACUGCAGUCACCUCCCUCCUGAACAGAGACGAAAGAAACUUCAGACCAGAAUCAACAACAUCAACCAGGAGAUUCAGAGGGAGAAGGAGCAGAGAGACGCUCUCCUGAAGAUGAGGGAGGUGUACGAACGAAGUCCUCAGAUGGGCGAUGCUGGCAGUUUGGAACCUCGACUGGAGGAAGUGAAACAGAGUCUGCAGAGACUGGACGACGAGCUGAGGAGGAACCAGGCAUGGCUUUCGGAGGCAGAUAGCAGACUGUCUGACCACGGCGGUCGAAGACAAAGUGGAGGUUGUGGGUUAAAUUCUCAGGCGACGACGCCCGGCAGCAGCAGCCUGAAACAGCUGGACAACCGCAGCCCUGCCAGCAGAGAGAGUCCUGACGGCAGCUACACUGAGGACCACAGUGCAGAGCUUCAAUUCAAGUCUCGUAGUUCGGAGUUUGAUGACGACUUUGAUGAUGAAGAACCGUUACCGAGUAUUGGCACCUGCAAGUCCCUUUACCCGUUCCAAGGUCAGAACGAAGGUACUCUGUCAAUGGUGGAGGGGGAACUACUUUCUGUGGUGGAAGAGGACAAAGGUGAUGGUUGGACCAGAGUGCGGAGGAACCUGGAGGAGGAGGGAUACGUCCCCACCUCCUACAUCAAAGUCUUCCUGGACAGCAGUGCCAAAGGCUUUGUGCAGAGUAGUCGGCUAGUCUAGCACAGUAAUCGACCAGUGAGGACGUCUCGCCACAGGAAGUGAUGUAAAGGAAAAGGUUCUGAGGAAGUCGGGUAACAGCUUCUCAUUGGACAGUUUAACUCUUCCGAUAUCUCAGCCAGUCAGAUGACAGACUGCUGUCAAUACACGAUGAAAGAGAUGUUCUGCCAGUGACUGACUGAGAUCAGAUAUUAGACAGGUCCCAAACACAGAUCAUGUGUCAGAUCAGACAUUAGACAGGUCCCAAAUACAAACUGUGUCAGAUGAGAUAUUAGACAGGUCCCAGUCAUUAUCAGACAGUUAUCUCAGUUGAAAUCUGAAAGAAUCCACAUUAACGACCAGUUUAAUUUUCAGUGAAGAAAAUAAAUUAAAAUAAAUGUAUUAAAUUUUAUUUCAUGUUUCAGCCAGAGAUGAUUCUUUAAUUUUUUUGUGCUUUAAUUUUUUUUUUAUCUCAUUCAAUUUUUGUUGUUGUAAUUUAUCACUUCAAAUGUUUCUCUGACAAUCUGACCUGAGAUCAGUUUAAUGUCACAGACCUGAGAUCAGUUUAACGUGUCACAGACCUGAGAUCACUUUAACGUGUCACAGACCUGAGAUCAGUUUAAUGUGUCACAGACUGACCUGAGAUCAGUUUAAUGUGUCACAGACCUGAGAUGAAUGUUUUUGUGACCAAAAACAAAAUGGCGGACACUCCUUUCUGUAGAGAGAGACUGAAAUAAAGAAACUGAACAUCUAGUUUUGUCAAUGCAGUGAUAUCACAGGGUGUGUCCCCACAUGGUGACAUCACUGUGACACUGCUGUGAGGUCAUGUGACUGUGUGAAGUUUUCAAAGUGUAAAUAUGAACCGUAGCUGCACAGGUGUAGCCCCAACCCCUGUUUACCUGCUGAUAUUAGCCCCACCCCCAGAUUAACUUGUGUGUAUUAGCCCUGCCCCCGCUUGUUGAUCGAUGAUCGUUAUUGAUUGUGUGAAAUGUGAAACUUUUUUAUUUCAUAGUGAGAACUUGAUCAGUUAUUGAUUUUUUUAUUGAGACGUGAGACUGCUGAUCACGCUCUUUCCAACUUCCUGUAUGUUAAACUUUCAAAAUAAAGUACAAU